ACACUCGAUCUCAGUUCGGUUAUCUGAGGAAAGGGACAGCGAAGCCACAACCUUGACACGUUUUAACCGCGCACAACGUUGAAGUAGUGAGCCCCCCCUCCCCUCGGCGCGCGCGGAUGGUUCGGCCGGUGGGCGUGGCAGGCCCGAGGCUUGUGCGCAGGGCGCGCUCCCGGUGCGCAAGUGUUAGUGAGUUGGGCUUCUCGAUUGUAUGUCGGACACGCGCGAACGCAUGGAGCUAGAGCUGGAGGAGUCGGGUCUCGCGGAGGAGUGCGGCGUGUUCGGUUGUGUGGCCGCGGGGCAGUGGCCCACACAGCUCGAGGUGGCGCAGGUGCUCGCGCUGGGGCUCGUGGCGCUGCAACACAGGGGGCAGGAGAGCGCCGGCAUCGUCGUCAGCAGUGGCUCCUCACCCCCGACAUACAACACUCUCAAGGGGAUGGGCCUGGUGAGCAAUGCCCUGAAGCCAGAUGAGCUGUUGAAACUGCGCUCGGGGAACCUGGGCAUCGGCCACACACGCUACUCCACCACGGGCGUCUCGGAGCUGCAGAACUGCCAGCCCUUCGUGGUAGACACUCUGCAUGGCAAGAUUGCUGUGGCCCACAAUGGGGAGCUGGUCAACGCUGCUGCGCUGCGCAAGAAGGUGAUGCGCCACGGCGUCGGCUUGUCCACCAGCUCUGACAGCGAGCUCAUCACUCAACUGCUGGCCCUGACUCCGCCUAUGGAGGAAUACGACGCUCCCGAUUGGGUGGCUCGGAUCAAGAACUUGAUGAACGAGACCCCCACGUCCUACUCCCUGCUCGUGAUGCACAAAGAUGUUAUUUACGCCGUGCGCGAUCCCUACGGGAACCGCCCCCUCUGCAUUGGCCGCCUGGUUCCCGUCUCCAGGCUGCACAGCACAGGAGCUGAAGAUGGAGACACGGAAGGGUGGGUGGUGUCAUCGGAGUCCUGCAGCUUCCAGUCGAUUGGAGCAAGGUACCACCGAGAGGUGCAGCCUGGUGAGAUUGCGCAAAUCUCGAAGCAUGGCGUCAAGACACUCAGCGUAAUUCCCAGACCGGAGGGAGAUGCUCCAGCUUUCUGCAUAUUUGAGUAUGUUUACUUUGCACGUCCAGACUCGAUAUUCGAAGGUCAGAUGGUCUAUACAGUGAGACAGCGCUGUGGAUGCCAGUUGGCCAUGGAGGCCCCCGCAGACGCAGACGUGGUCAGUACCGUGCCGGAGUCUGCCACUCCUGCUGCUCUGGGAUAUGCUCAGCAGGCUGGGCUGCCCUAUGUGGAAGUGCUGUGUAAGAACCGAUAUGUCGGGAGGACGUUUAUUCAGCCCAAUACACGCCUUCGACAACUUGGCGUGGCCAAGAAGUUUGGUGUCCUGACAGACAACUUUGCAGGAAAACGGGUGGUGCUUGUCGAUGAUUCCAUUGUUAGGGGCAACACCAUCUCGCCAAUCAUCAAACUGCUCAAAGAGGCAGGAGCCACCGAGGUGCACAUCCGCGUGGCAUCUCCCCCCAUCAGGUUCCCCUGCUACAUGGGCAUCAACAUUCCCACCAAGGAAGAGCUCAUUGCCAACAAACCCGAGUUCGAGGACAUCGCUGGCUACAUCGGAGCCUCCACUGUGCGCUACCUCUCUGUGGGGGGGCUGCUUUCCGCCAUUCAAGAGGGUAUCCAGAUUCUGCCAGCAAACCACGACCAGCAAAUGGAGACGAGCAGGAAAGCCAGCAGGAGCGUGGGACACUGCACCGCCUGCUUGACCGGGAAGUACCCGGUUGAGCUGGAGUGGUGAUCAUUCCUAGCAACCCCCUGAUUGCUGCAGGGGCCUGCUAUCCCCUAUACACACACACCACCAAAAUGGGGUGACCCUAAGGCAUGCACCUUUUACACAUGUUUUUAUCCCUGACAACUGUUCAUUGUUCAAAUAUUGAUACGACCUUUUACCUGUUGAAUGGGUCUUGACCUCUUCAUUUAAUAUCUUACCACUUCUGGGUAAGCAAAGCUGACACCCUGGUCCUUGCCCAUAGCACACAAUAUUUAAUAGCAUGGUCCCUGUGCAGAGGGGUCGAAGAUAGCUGGUUUAGGGUUCAUAGCAGUAGUUGUCCUGCCCCUGCUUUACCAUAGAGAAAGUGAACAUGACAUC